AUGCUAAAUUAAAAAAUUAAGAAAAAAGUAGAAAAAUAAGAGAAAAUACAUAGUAGGACUGAUAAACCUAUGAGGGUGUUAGAUAUGGUUCAAGAAUAUUAAGAGAAAAGGGGAGAGAAGGAGAAGUAUUUAGUAUCCGGAAAUAUAAAAAAUAAGUAUAAAGUUAUAAUGAUGAAGAAGAUUUAGCUGGAAAAUGAGAGACAGAAAUUACAAAUGACUCAAACUUAAUAACUGUAGAAACAAAGUCUGACGAAGACUUAACAAAUGCCCUUACAGAAAUCAAAAAUAAAUAAACACUUAAAUAUUAUUCAAUACAAGAUUUAUAAGAUAAAAUAUAAAGUUAAACAGAUUAAAGUGAUUAAAAUUAAAACUAGUAAGAUUAAACACAAGCCUAGUAAUCAAAUUAAAAUACCCAAGGAGAUAGUAGAUUACUUUAGAAUGAAAAUGGAGAUGUAGGUUCGAGUUCAGAAACAUAAUUAGAAAAUUAAUAAGGUGAAUGCAACGGUUUUUAAAUAAAAAAUUGGAUUAUAGGCAGAAUUUUAAGGAAAAGUAAAUGAUACAGGAGCCACAGGAUAUCUGUAAGCAUGCAUCUCACUUAAUGGUGAUUGUGUAGUUGUUUUACAUAAGAGAGAUUUUUAAUAUUAAGGGAAGCCUUUAUAACCUGUUAAAUUAUAAGGAACCAAAGCUUAGAGAAUUUUUGGUACUGUUAUUUUAAUUAUGGGGUACCCUUUAACAAUAGGUGCUGAUUAUAAUUUAUCUUGGGGCUUUACUGAAUCUUUAAUCAAAACUGAAAGUGAACUUGGUAUUUCAGAAAAUCUUUAUGCAUCUUUGGGUGUGACAGCCUAUGGGGAGCUAAAUAUUAUUUAUGUAAUUAAAAUCAGAGCUGGAGUUGAAGGACAUGUCUUCAAAGGUUCUGCUACCGGGGUUGCCUAAUUUAAGUUUAAUUAAACAGACAAUUCCAUCGUACCUAAUAGAUACAUGGUCUAUUUGGAUUUUUAAAUAGAAGCUUUGACAUUUGAUCUUUAUGCAUCUUGGUAACACAUAUCAUUGAAUUGGGUUAGAAGAUGCAUAGGUAGAAGGUGGUGGAAAAUUUGCUGGUAUUUUCCAUCAAUUAGUUAUUCAAAUUGGAGUGAUGUUUUUAGAAAAAGUUUCUAACUAGCAAAACUAUAAGCAACAUAAAGGAUAUUCUAGCUUGCUUCAAAGUGCUUUUGA